AUGCCUGCCCCAGAUAAAACGCCCAAGACGCUGUACGACAAGGUCCUUAAAGACCACAUUGUGAACGAGCAGAAGGAUGGGACUAUCUUGCUAUAUAUCGAUAGGCACCUUGUGCAUGAGGUCACAUCUCCCCAAGCUUUUGAAGGCCUGAAGAACGCAGGACGCAAAGUGAGGAGGCCGGACUGCACGUUAGCUACAGUUGACCAUAACAUUCCAACGACGUCCCGUGAGACAUACAAAGACGUUGCCGGGUUCGUUCAGGAGGCUGAUUCCCGAUUACAAUGCAUGACGCUCGAGGAGAACGUCAAGGAGUUUGGUGUGACAUACUUUGGUUUGGGUGAUAAAAGACAAGGAAUUGUUCACAUCAUUGGCCCUGAGCAAGGGUUCACUCUUCCCGGCACUACAGUUGUCUGUGGUGACAGUCAUACAUCUACCCAUGGAGCUUUUGGUGCUUUGGCAUUUGGAAUUGGUACCAGCGAGGUAGAACAUGUCCUGGCCACCCAAACAUUGAUCACCAAGAGAAGCAAGAACAUGCGUGUGCAAGUGGAUGGUGAUCUUCCACCAGGAGUCAGCAGUAAGGAUGUGGUCCUGCAUGUUAUUGGUGUCAUUGGAACUGCUGGCGGUACAGGAGCAGUAAUCGAGUUCUGCGGCUCUGCCAUCCGAGGCCUCAGCAUGGAAGCACGUAUGUCAAUCUGCAACAUGUCAAUCGAAGCCGGCGCCAGGGCCGGUAUGAUCGCCCCUGACGAAGUGACAUUCGAAUAUCUGAAGGACAGACCGCUUGCUCCAAAGUUUGGUAGUGCUGAGUGGAAGAAGGCAGUUGCCUAUUGGUCCAGCUUGAAAUCCGACGAGGGUGCUGUCUACGACAAGGAGGUCUUCAUAGAUGCAAAGGACAUCGUACCGACAAUUUCCUGGGGAACCUCGCCUCAGGAUGUGGUCCCAAUUACUUGCGUUGUGCCUGGCCCUGACGAUUUCUCUGAUGAAGUCAAGAAAGCUAGCUGUCGCCGUGCCUUGGAGUACAUGGGACUCACCGCCGGUACUCGAAUGGAAGAUAUCCCAAUCGACAAGGUCUUCAUUGGCUCAUGCACAAACGCGCGAAUUGAAGAUCUUCGAGUUGCUGCUCAUAUCGUCGACGGCAAGAAAAUUGCCUCGAAUAUCAUGCGAGCAAUGAUCGUUCCAGGUUCUGGGUUGGUUAAGCGACAGGCAGAAUCUGAAGGACUCGACAAGAUAUUCACCGAUGCUGGGUUUGAAUGGAGAGAGGCUGGAUGCUCCAUGUGCCUUGGUAUGAAUCCUGAUAUUCUCUCUCCCCGUGAACGAUGCGCGAGUACAUCAAACAGAAACUUUGAGGGUCGACAAGGUGCCGCUGGCCGAACCCACUUGAUGUCUCCCGCUAUGGCUGCUGCUGCUGCGAUAGUAGGAAAGCUAGCGGAUGUUCGCAAAAUUGCUUCGGCAAUACCGAUAUCGCAGAAGAAAUCCUCGCCGAAACUUGAAGUACACCAGGAGGUAGAAGAUGAGGAGGAUCUUGACCGGAUAUUCGACUACCCUGAAGACAACGAACCUCACACCAACACCACCGCCGAGAAGUCUUCCGCCGGCCUUCCGAAGUUUACUACCCUAAAAGGGAUCGCUGCCCAUUUGGAUCGAGCCAAUGUUGAUACUGAUGCUAUCAUACCCAAACAGUUCCUGAAGACAAUAAAACGAACCGGCCUUGGAAGUGCCCUUUUUCACCCUUUACGAUACAAUGAGGAUGAAUUGGAAAACCCCAGCUUUGUCCUGAACAAGGAGCCAUAUCGUAAUGCCAAAAUCCUUGUCAGUGGCGAAAACUUUGGAUGUGGAAGUUCUCGUGAGCAUGCUCCCUGGGCCUUGCUUGACUUCGGCAUCAAGUGUAUAAUUGCCCCGUCUUUUGCCGACAUUUUCUUUAACAACACCUUCAAGAAUGGGAUGCUUCCAAUUUCGAUUCCCGAUGCCGCCACUUUCAAGAAGCUAGCCGAGGAGGCUGAUGCUGGCCAUGAGCUGGAAGUUGACCUUGUCCACCAACGAAUCAAUGAUGCUGCUGGCAAUAAACUUGCAGACUUUGACGUUGAGGAAUUCCGAAAGCACUGUCUCGUCAAUGGCCUUGAUGAUAUUGGCUUGACUAUGCAGAUGGAGGGUCUGAUCCGUAAGUUCGAGGGGCAGCGAACACGCGAGACACCAUGGCUUGAUGGAAGCGGAUAUCUAAAGAGACAAAAUGGGAAGCAAACAGGCCCUGCAAUGGUGGAGGCUGCUCCUGUUCCUAAGACAAAUAGGGGCGAAGUCAAGGGAGAGCCUUUGGAAUGGUAA